UAUUCAAAUAAACACAGCGACGUCAUGAAACACAAUGGCGGCCGCUGGUACAGCUGUGACGGUUCUCACUCCAAACGGGAGAAGACAAACAGUUAAAGUUUUUCCAAACACGCCGUUAUUACAGGUGCUGGAGGAUGUCUGCAAAAAGCAUGGAUUUAACCCCGAUGAUCACGGUUUGAAGUUUCAGAGGACUGUUGUUGACCUCACACUGCCAUGGAGGUUUGCCAACCUGCCCAACAACGCUAAACUGGAAAUGGUGACCAGUGCAAGGAAACAGGCUGUAGCUGACAGCCAGGUGCGGAUUGCACUACAGAUGGAGGACGGCUCUCGGCUCCAGGGUUCCUUCUCGUGUGGACAGAGUCUGUGGGAACUGCUCACACAUUUUCCCCAGAUCAGUGUGUCGGAGCAGUGUGAGUCAGGAUCCACACCCGUGUGUGUUUACAUGAGAGACGAGGUGAGUGGGGAAGAAGCGCUGAAGAAGGCCACUCUAAAGUCUCUGGGUCUUACAGGAGGAAGUGCAAUUGUCAGGUUUUUACUCAAAAAGACCAAAGCACAAGGAGAGGAAGAUGACAGGGAAGUCACUGAAACAGCUGCUAUACCUGCCACACCUGUUGCCAAGGAAACCACACCCAGCCCAUCAUCUCAGCCUGAUCCUGCUCCAUCACACCCGGAGACGUCAACAGCAGAAGUGCCAACUAAAAAUUCAAGCCCCCAUAGGCCAAUGGAAGCCCACCCUGAGCCAACUCCUGCUUCUGCCACAAGCAAACUUCCUAUUCAACAGGAAGAGGUUCCCAAAUCCCACGAUGCAGUUCAGCCAAAGUUUCCUCCUGUGGAGAGGGGAAUGCCAGAGGAGGAUGGCGAGCAAGCCGGGCCAUCAGGACUGAAUUCUCUCCCUUCUUUUUCCUCCUCUUCCGCUCCCCUGGCUCCUUUCGUUCCCUUCUCUGGAGGCGGUCAGCGCCUUGGCGGUCCAGUGGGAGGUGCAGAGGGACGCUCGCUAUCUUCAUCCUUAUCAUCCUCGUCUCUAUCAGCUCUCACAGCUGGAGUAGAAUCUCCCAAAGCCAAGAAAGCUAAAUCCAGCUACGGUUCUAACGCCAAGCGUCAGACCACUGCGAACCAGCCAGACGAGGACAUGAAUCAGGGGGACGAGUUCUUAGAGCCAAUAGAGAGGGAGCCUCUCAUCUACCACCUGGACUCAGUGUCCCGCCACUCUGACGACAACGGGAAUCUCCCUGACGAGUUCUUUGAAGUGACCGUGGAUGAUGUGCGCAAGCGCUUCGCCCAGUUGAAGAGCGAGAGGAAGUUUUUGGAGGAGGCCCCGCUGAUGACUAAAUCUCUGAGAGAAGCACAGAUGAAGGAGAAGAUGGAAAGAUAUCCCAAAGUGGUCCUGAGGGUCCAGUUUCCAGACAGACAUGUUCUACAAGGCUUCUUCAGGCCCCUAGAGACAGUUGGUGCUGUGAGGCAUUUUGUGCGGAGUCACUUGGAGGAUCCUCAGCUCAGUUUCUACCUGUUCAUCACCCCUCCAAAAACCAUCCUCGACGACCCUUCAGCUACACUGUUUCAGGCCGACCUGUUUCCUGGUGCACUGGUGUACUUCGGCUCCGACGUUAAGACAGAUUUUUACAUAAAGAGGGAACUGCGGGAAUCGUCUGUCUCUGCUUUUCAAGCAAAUGAGUCCAUCGCAAGCUGCAUGCUCCGGUCCCCGUCACCCCCCACCAGCUCAGAAGAGCCACUGCCUCCUCCAGAGCUGAGUGCGGUCACCAGCGGGUCCACACAGGGUGAGCAAGACCCAUCUCCGCACACCCAGGCCGCUAAACCUGCCAGAUCUGACCCGGGCAAGGUGCCCAAGUGGCUCAAGCUUCCAGGUAAAAAAUAAGACUGCUACUGUAUGUUGAUGGGAGGACUUACCACGACAGACAUCUGUCAAGCUGCUUGCAGACAGAUGAGAGCACUUAAACUUGCUGCGCUUUGAUAGAGGCUCGACUUUGUGACUGCAGUGGACCUAAUCCAUCGUGUAAGAAGCCUGCACUUGACUAGGUUUUAAAACGGUCAUAAUAAUGAGAUGAGCGUAAAAAGUGAAUAUUUAAUUGCCAAGAAGAUUGUCUUGUUUCAUUCCGGUUGGAGGAGAGAGUGCUGAAGAGGCUGUUUUUAUUCAGCUGGUGACAAUGUAGUGCAUAUAGUGAAUAAUAAAGAUUGUUGUACUGAAA